GCGGAGCACCUGGCGCGCAUCCACGGCACAGAGGAGGACCGCGUGAACUGCCCGUUCUACUUCAAGAUCGGCGCCUGCCGCCACGGAGACCGCUGCUCGCGGCUGCACAACAAGCCCGUGUUCAGCCAGACGAUCCUCGUGAGCCACAUGUACCAGAACCCGAUCGCGCAGGUCAUUGCGCAGAACGGUGACCCGGCCUCGCUCGACCAGCGCCACGUGGACGAAGAGUUCGAGGACUUUUACGAGGAAGUGUUCGAGGAGCUGUGCAAGUUCGGCAAGCUGGAGGAGCUCAACAUCUGCGACAACCUGGGCGACCACCUCGUGGGCAACGUGUACGCCAAGUACGAGGACGAGGAGCACGCGGCGGCCGCGCAGAAGGCUCUGUACGGCCGGUUCUACGCAGGCCGACCGCUGGUGUGCGAGUUCUCCCCCGUGACAGAUUUCAGGGAAGCGCGAUGCCGCCAGUUCGACGAAGGAACGUGCAACCGCGGCGGUUACUGCAACUUCAUGCACAUCAAGACAGUGCCGCGGUCCAUGCAGCGCGAGCUGGAGAGGAUGUUCAACCGCGGCCGGCGUGACAAGAGUCGCAGCAGGAGCAAGAGCAGAAGC